GCAGCUGCCAGCCCGGGGGAAAGGAGGCGGGACUCCUUGACAGCCGGACGCGGCCUCUCCUCGGGAACGGCGGCUUUCCUUGCGCCAUGCAGCACAGCCCAGCGCCCGCCGUGCUGGUCACCACCAGGCAAAUUCAGAAUACACACACGGGGCUGGAUUUGUCAGUGCCAGAAUACCAGGAAAUCCGUGGGAAGAUGAUGUCUGGCCAUGUAGAGUAUCACAUUGUCGUUGUUACCCGACUGGCUGCCUUCAAAUCAGCAAAGCACAAGCCUGAAGACGUAGUUCAGUUUAUGGUUUCCAAGAAGUACAGUGAGAUAGAGGAGCUCUACCAGAGACUGGCAGCACGGUACCCACAGGCUUCUCUUCCACUCUUGCCUAGAAAAGUGCUCUUCGUGGGAGAAUCUGACAUCUGUGAACGAAGAGCGAUGUUCAAUGAUAUCAUGAAAUUCAUCUCAAAAGAUGAGGAUCUGGCAACCAGUCCUGAAUUACUGGAAUUUUUAGGAACAAAAUCUAGUAGUGCCACUGAUUUCAAGGGUAAAAGCAUUCCUGAUGACAAGGAGAAAGAAGACGAAGAAAAUGAGGCAUGGGAUUUUUUCAAAGAGGAGAAGACACCUGACUUAAUCUCACAACUUUCAUCAGUGGAAAAUGCAAAAAAAGGGGAGAAAAAAGAAGAGAAAGAGGAGGAAGAAGAGGAAGAUUUAGACCCUCUUGGUAUUAUCAGAACUAAAAAACCAAAGAAGGUAUCUCCUCCUCCAACCAAGGAAGAGAAGCCCAAAUUAACCAUUUUUGAAGAGGAAGUAGAUCCAGAUGAAGGACUCUUUGGCCCAGAAAAAGUUUUCUCAUCAGUUGGUCCCAGGAAGAAGAUGAAAGAGAAUCUGAAAUUAUUUGAAGAUCCAGACCUUGGUGGGGUGGUAAGACUGGGUGACUCACUACUGUUGCCAGCUGCCUGUAAGAACAAGGUGUAUGUGCUGAACACAGGUCCUGAGGAGGACACUGAAGAACUGCUGAGAGUUGAAGAUGAUUUAGAAAAACUCUUGAAAGUAACCUCCAAACCAAAACCUAAGGUAACAUUGAAACCACCACUGCCUCAGAAGCCAGCAGUUCCCCCAAGGAACACUAAUUCAUCCCCAUUGGCAAAGCCAAAGGAAAACAGGAUUCAAACAAUGAAUGAAGUGGACAUUCUGCAGUAUAUCCAGGAAAAUGAAUCUAUCAACAACCAAGAUGCAAGUCUCUUUUGAACAUGCAUAUUCUUAAAUGUACUUAGAUGUACUUAAAAUGAUGCCUUCUUGACCCAACUCCUGGUGAGCUCAAGUGACAGUAGCAAUUGUUGACCAGAUGCAUCUACUGUCACAGAGUUCAUUUCUGUACUGUCAUACAGAGAGCAGCAAGUUUGACUAGCAGAGGCUCAACAUGAUGUUUUCAAAGCAAUGCCAUUGGGGUAAAAUGUUGCCUUAGAUUUUCAGGGUUUUUCAGGUAAUGUGGACAAGGACAUUGCACUACAGAUUGUCUACUACCAUUUUAGUAUCAACAUAGUGUAGUUUUGGCCAGUUUAGUAAUGACUGAAAACAAUAAGCGUGUUACACAUACGACAGCUGUGAAUAAUGUCCAGCAAACAAUCUGAGGCAGGACAGGAUGCUGUUCCUGUUGUUGUGCUGACAGUGUAUUUCAGCUCACUGAAAAGCUUUUUCCUUUUAUCCUGUGUUAUUUUUGUAGCAGCCCUUUCCUCCCAGACUGGUAUUUCAGCAAUCUAUAACCAGGAACUGUUAAGCAUAGGUAACAGUUCCUCUGUUACUCAGAGAAACACUGAAAUUCCAGCUAAGCCUGACAAUCUGCUGCCUUUGUUGUUGUGCAAAUGCUAACUUAUAGGAGAACUUGUAGGACUGUAAGCACUAGAGCUAUGCAUCUUUGUCCCUGGGAAGAACAGCAAAUGACUGAAGAUGUCUGAGGGUGCACCUCUAGACAAAUGUAGAAGUUGGAGUGUGAGGGAGGUUUGGAUACUGUAGGGCUCUUAUGAACCUACUAAAGAUACACAAGGGCUAAUCUUUUUUCCAGCCAAGUCUUCCUGGGAUUCCACUGUAGUUCGUGGAGAGAAAGAGAUUUGUCUGGGAGUUGUUUCAAAGCAGAUGUCCUAAUGGAUGAACACGGCCAGGUUGAACAGGGCUUUAAGCAACAUGGUGUAGUGAAAGAUGUCCCUGCCCAUGGCAGGGGUCUGGAACCAGAUAUCUUUAAGGUCUCUUCCAGUCCAAACCAUUCUAUAAUUUGCUCUCUAGAAUCACUCACUCCUUCCUCUUUGCUUCGCCCAGAUAUUAAAGAAGCCAUGAUUAGUUCCACUAAGCUAAAAUGAGGUUUUUCAUUAAACAGGCAUCUGUUAGUUACUAUAACAAUGGUUAAAACAAGGGAGAACAAACCUGGAAUUAUCCAGAGGAGAAAGACAGGAAGAAAAUAUACUGGAAAAAUUUUAAUAUGCAGGAAAAUAAAAACCUGGUAGAACAGACAUCCCAGACUACCCCUUUUUUUCUCCCAGCUCAGGCAUUCUGGUUCAACAUGCUGAAUUUACAUCUAAUGGGACUUGAUACCUGCUGUCAUGGAGGAAGAUAUUUCCAAACCCAUUCCACAUGUAUCCAGAUGUGAAGGCAAGCUCCCCAGAGGAAAAAUACUAAUAUAUUCAAGCCAUAUCACUAUCUCCAAAUUUGCCUUUCUAAUAUAGAGCAGAAUAAAUCAAAAGCAAUAUAUGUAUUUUUUUAAUAAUGAAAUUAUUUCUAUUAGUAUUUCCUUUUUAAGCCAAUGGAAAAUAUGAUAAAGGUAUUUCAGUUCGAUGGGACAGAAAAAACAUAACCAUUGACUCUCAUCUAUGCAUGGUAUGUUUCCGUAUAAUAAAACUUUUUGCUAAC